GAUUAUUCUUGAAGUGGUAAGUAACUAAUUCCCAUCCAAAAUCCAACAUUAUUAAUCCAUACACCCAAAUCACAGCUAAUAAAUUCUCUCCAAUAGGGAUGACUCUGCCCUAAUUAGCCCCACCACUACACUUCCUCUCCCGCAAACGAGCCCUUAAAACCCCAAACCCCCAAACCUCCACGCUCCGACUGCCAUAGAGCCGACUCCAUCGCCGCCCCCCAUUUCCACCUCCACCUCCGACUACCUCUGUUGAAGCUCUAAAUCGCUGCCAUGGACGCCGAGUCAGCUCAGCUCCAACAAGCGCAGCUGGCGGCGAUCCUCGGCCCCGACCCGGCCCCCUUCGAAACCCUAAUUUCGCACCUCAUGUCCGCCUCCAAUGACCAGCGGUCCCAGGCCGAGGCCAUCUUCAAUCUGUGCAAGCAGCGUGAUCCGGAUUCUCUGUCUCUCAAGCUCGCGCAUCUUAUCCAGUAUUCGCAGCACAUCGAGGCGCGCGCGAUGUCAGCGAUCCUUCUCCGGAAGCAGCUCACUCGCGACGACUCGUUCCUGUGGCCGCGCCUAUCGCCGGCGACGCAGUCGUCCCUCAAGUCGAUCCUCCUCUCCUGCGUGCAGAGCGUGGAGGCGAAUACGAUAUCGAAGAAGAUAUGCGACACAAUCGCGGAGCUUGCGUCGGCAAUUUUGAACGAGAAUGGUUGGCCGGAGCUCCUGCCUUUUAUGUUCCAGUGCGUGUCGUCCGAUUCGCCGAAGCUUCAGGAGUCUGCGUUCCUGAUUUUCGCGCAGCUGGCGCAAUACAUCGGUGAAACCCUGAUUCCGCACAUAAAGAGUUUGCACAGCGUGUUUUUGCAGUGUUUAAGCUCGGCGAGCAGUUCUUCGGAUGUAAAGAUCGCGGCUUUGAACGCCGCAAUCAAUUUCGUGCAGUGUUUGGAGAAUUCGGCAGAUAGGGAUCGGUUUCAGGAUUUGUUGCCUGCUAUGAUGAGAACUUUAAUGGAGGCGUUGAACGGUGGACAGGAGGCGACGGCGCAAGAGGCGUUAGAACUGUUGAUUGAGCUGGCUGGGACAGAGCCGAGAUUUUUGAGGAGGCAGAUUGUCGAUGUUGUAGGGUCUAUGUUGCAGAUUGCAGAGGCGGAGUCAUUGGAGGAGGGGACGAGGCAUUUGGCGAUCGAGUUCGUGAUUACUCUUGCGGAAGCAAGGGAGCGCGCCCCAGGGAUGAUGAGGAAGUUACCGCAGUUCAUAAGUAGGUUGUUUGCGAUCUUGAUGAAGAUGCUUUUGGAUGUUGAGGAUGAUCCGGCAUGGCAUAGUGCUGAAACCGAGAGUGAGGAUGCUGGCGAAACGAGUAAUUACAGUGUUGGGCAGGAGUGCUUGGACAGGCUCUCAAUUUCACUUGGUGGGAAUACCAUUGUGCCGGUUGCGUCCGAGCAGCUUCCGGCUUAUUUGGCUGCUCCGGAGUGGCAGAAGCACCAUGCAGCGCUUAUUGCCCUUGCACAAAUUGCUGAGGGAUGCUCGAAGGUGAUGAUAAAAACUUUGGAGCAUGUGGUUUCAAUGGUAUUGAACUCUUUUCAAGAUCCGCAUCCCCGUGUGAGGUGGGCAGCUAUAAAUGCUAUUGGGCAGUUGUCUACAGAUUUAGGCCCGGAUUUGCAAGUUCAAUACCAUCAAAGUGUGCUGCCAGCACUAGCCUCAGCUAUGGAUGAUUUCCAAAAUCCCCGAGUACAGGCACAUGCUGCUUCAGCAGUUCUGAACUUCAGCGAGAAUUGCACUCCAGAUAUUUUGACACCUUAUUUAGAUGGAAUUGUGAGCAAAUUGCUUGUCCUUCUUCAGAAUGGCAAACAAAUGGUGCAAGAGGGGGCCUUGACUGCUUUAGCAUCAGUUGCUGAUUCAUCUCAGGAGCACUUUCAAAAAUACUAUGACGCGGUUAUGCCUUAUCUGAAAGCUAUAUUGAUAAAUGCAACGGACAAGUCUAACCGUAUGCUUCGGGCCAAAGCCAUGGAAUGCAUUAGUUUGGUUGGAAUGGCCGUUGGAAAGGAUAAGUUUAGGGAUGAUGCUAAGCAGGUUAUGGAAGUGCUGAUGUCUUUACAAGGAUCUCAAAUGGAGGCUGAUGAUCCAACAACAAGUUACAUGCUGCAAGCAUGGGCCAGGCUUUGCAAGUGCUUGGGACAGGAUUUCCUCCCCUAUAUGAGUGUUGUCAUGCCUCCUUUGCUUCAAUCUGCUCAGCUGAAACCAGAUGUAACCAUUACAUCUGCGGAUUCGGACAAUGAUAUUGAAGAAUCCGAUGAUGAAGGGAUGGAGACCAUUACUCUUGGGGAUAAAAGAAUAGGGAUCAAGACUAGUGUCUUGGAGGAGAAAGCUACAGCUUGCAACAUGCUAUGUUGCUAUGCUGAUGAGUUGAAGGAAGGGUUCUAUCCAUGGAUUGAUCAGGUUGCUCCAACUUUAGUUCCACUUCUCAAAUUUUAUUUCCAUGAAGAAGUUAGGAAAGCUGCUGUUUCAGCCAUGCCGGAGCUGCUGCGUUCAGCAAAAUUAGCGGUUGAGAAAGGGCUAGCUCAAGGUCGAAAUGAGUCUUAUAUUAAGCAGCUGUCUGACUACAUAGUACCUGCCUUGGUCGAAGCUUUACACAAGGAACCUGAUACAGAAAUUUGUGCAAGCAUGUUGGAUGCAUUAAAUGAGUGUCUACAGAUAUCUGGACCACUUCUAGAUGAGAACCAGGUGAGAAGCAUUGUUGAUGAGAUAAAACAGGUGAUCACAGCUAGCUCUAGUAGAAAAGGGGAAAGAGCAGAGAGAGCCAAAGCUGAGGAUUUCGAUGCUGAGGAGGGUGAAUUGCUAAAAGAGGAGAAUGAGCAAGAAGAAGAAGUUUUUGACCAAGUGGGUGAAAUCUUGGGAACUUUGAUAAAGACAUUCAAGGCCUCUUUCUUGCCCUUCUUCGAUGAGCUGUCUUCAUAUCUAACACCUAUGUGGGGCAAGGAUAAAACUGCUGAAGAAAGAAGGAUUGCAAUCUGCAUUUUUGAUGAUGUUGCAGAACAAUGUCGAGAAACAGCUCUGAAGUACUACGAUAUGUAUCUUCCUUUCCUAUUGGAGGCCUGCAAUGAUGAGAAUGCGGAUGUUCGACAGGCAGCUGUAUAUGGACUUGGCGUGUGCGCUGAGUUUGGUGGUUCUGUGUUCAGACCUCUAGUUGGAGAGGCACUUUCAAGACUAAAUGUUGUGAUACGACAUCCUAAUGCACUGCAAUCGGAUAACAUAAUGGCAUAUGAUAAUGCUGUUUCUGCUCUAGGAAAAAUAUGCGCAUUUCAUCGUGAUAGCAUUGAUUCAGCGCAGGUCAUUCCUGCUUGGUUAAGCUGCUUGCCAAUAAAAGGUGAUUUGAUUGAGGCCAAGGUUGUACAUGACCAGCUUUGUUCAAUGGUUGAAAUGUCAGACAGGGAACUUUUGGGCCCCAACAAUCAGUAUCUUCCCAAAAUAGUUGCAGUUUUUGCCGAGGUUCUAUGUGCUGGGAAGGAUCUAGCAACAGAGCAAACUGCAAGUAGAAUGAUUAAUCUAUUGAGGCAGCUGCAGCAGACAUUACCGCCAUCCACCCUUGCUUCAACAUGGUCAUCCUUGCAGCCCCAGCAGCAGCUUGCAUUGCAAUCCAUCCUCCCGUCGUAGUAUUUGUAAACUGACGGUGGGCAUCGGCUUUGUCUCUCAUUUGUGGGGAACUGUUUGGUCUGGUUGGUUUGUGUCAUAUUUAUUGCCAAUUCUUUGCCAUAAAUUUUGCCAUCAUUCAUUUUUGCAUCAUGUUUUGCAAUAACCUGGCAUCUGUUUAGCUGAGAGUGAGUGUCGCUGCAGUUGUCGUGAACCCUUUUUUGUAGAAUGUGUAUAUUACCAAAAAAAAAAAAUUGUUUUGGUAGAUUUGUCAAAAAGUGUCCAAAAGGAAUGGAAGAGUGGGUAGCUCCGGUCUUGAGUUUUGUUUUUGUUUGGGUGGCUAGUGUGAGGUUUGGGGGUUGUCAGUGAUGGAAUUGUAGCAGUUUUGAUCCAAUCAUGUUAUGAAAAAAUUGUCAUAAUAUAUAGUGGACUUGAUUAUAAAAUGGUGAUUCUUUUUGUUGUUC